AUGGCCGUUGAGCUUCAAGGGGACCUAUUUGACGCCCCUGACAAUGCAGUAUUGAUACAUGCGUGCAAUUGCCAAGGAUCAUGGGGGAAAGGGAUUGCGGCAAUCUUUCGGAAUAAGUACCCAGCGGCAUAUCGUAUCUACCGCGCUCAUUGCCAAAAACACCUUCUAGAAAUGAAGAAAAUCUCCAAAGAGACAUCCGGCGCUGUCUCGCAUGGGUCGGCGGAUGUAUCUAGAACGCAACAACGCCAUUCGAAGCAGUCAUUAAGAACGCUUGAGGGCACAACUUUGCUGAUUCGACCGCAAGCUUCAGACUACAUAAGUGGCCAACGGAAACGAAGCUCGACUAAACACAAAAGAGGUACCCUUAGUACACCCGAGGAGGUCACUGGUAGGAAGCACUGGAUAGCAUGUCUGUUUACAUCCUGGCAUUACGGUUCAAAAAAAGGUAUGCCGGAUGAAGUUCUGGAAAAUACAGCUCUAGCACUAGAAGAUCUAAAAAGACAACUUGAAGAACUGCCAUUACGGGAAAAAAAUGAGACUGGGGGUUAUCCGGCGGACGAGGAGGGGGAUAAUGGGAAGCUAGAGGAAAAGCCAACGGAACUAUGGUCCUGCAGACUCAACGCGGGGCUUUUUGGCGUACCAUGGGCGAGUACCAAAGAAAUCAUAGAUGAAUUGGGACUAUUUAUCACAGUUAUCAUACCGCCAGGAGAACCUUUGUGA